AUGAAAUUUUCUACUACUUUAUUCACCUUAUUGACAGUUGUUGCCACCACUUACGCUGACGAUUCAUCUAGCGGAGGUGCUGCUUCUAAGGCCACCUCAAAGGUCUCCUCCGCUAUCUCAAGUGGAACCGAUAGUGCUGCUUCAAGGGCUUCAUCUGCUGUCCUUGGAGGCUCGUCAGGUGCUUCUUCAGCCUCUUCAGGUGCUUCCUCAGCCUCUUCAGGCGCCUCAUCGAAGUCCUCAGGUGCUUCUUCAAAGUCGGGUUCAUCUUCAUCUGAAUCCAAGUCAGGUUCAAAUGCUAGUGCUGCUUCCAAGUCAGGUUCUUCAAGCUCCUCAACUGCUUCCUCAUCGAAAUCUUCAUCAGGUGAUGCCAACGUUAUCGGUGUUGCUGGUAUUGGUGCUGGUUCAUUAGCUGCUGUUGCUGGUUUAUUGUUGUUGUAA